CCGCCAUCAUCCCCAGACCCGUUACUUUACAGCACUGUAUCCGCCAUGCCCCACACGGCUGUCUCUCACUGACCUUCUACCUCCUAACAAGUGCUCGAGCCCUCCCCGGGAUUCCAGCUCGGUCACACAAAGGCUUAGGCCCCCGGGCGCCGGUGGAAAGAUGCUGAAUACGGUGUCCGAGCUCAUCAAUGACACGCUGAGUCUGUAUAGCUGGAGCCUGAGCAUCGCAGAUAAACGUGUUGAAAAAUGGCCCUUGAUGCAGUCUCCGUUACCAACCCUUGCAAUAAGCACGCUUUAUCUCCUUGUUGUGUGGCUGGGUCCCAGGUUUAUGAAGAACCGAGAACCUUUCCAGUUACGCUACCCAUUGAUUGUUUACAACUUUGGUAUGGUUGUUUUGAACUUCUUCAUUUUCAAAGAGCUUUUUUUGGGAGCAAAAGCGGCAGGCUAUAGUUAUAUUUGUCAGACUGUUGAUUAUUCUGAUGAUGUUAAUGAAGUGAGAGUGGCAUCGGCUCUUUGGUGGUACUAUGUUUCUAAAGGGGUGGAAUACUUUGACACAGUGUUUUUUAUACUGAGGAAAAAAUUCAACCACGUUAGUUUUCUACACGUGUAUCAUCACUGCUCUAUGUUCACCCUGUGGUGGAUUGGAAUCAAGUGGGUCGCUGGAGGACAGUCCUUCUUUGGUGCACAUAUGAACGCUCUAAUCCAUGUUGUGAUGUAUCUGUAUUACGGGCUGGCGGCCUGUGGACCACACCUUCAGAAGUACUUGUGGUGGAAGCAAUAUUUGACAAUAUUACAACUGGUCCAGUUCCACGUAACGAUCGGUCACACAGCCCUAUCUCUGUACAUUGAUUGCCCCUUCCCCAAAUGGAUGCACUGGGCACUGAUUGUAUACGCUAUUACCUUUAUAGUCCUUUUUGCUAACUUCUACUAUCGGACAUACAAACAACCCAAAGGACACGCAAGAAGCGGAAAAGCUGUCACGAAUGGCAAAGCGGCCACAAACGGCGCAGUCACAAAUGGCUCAGUAAACAAGCCAGACAAUAAACCUGUCACGGAAAAUGGACGGAAAAAGCGAAAGGGAAAAUCAAAGAAAGAAUAAGCGACCCCCUAAGCUCUUUGUAUGCUGAUAUGGAGACUCAUUCAUAGGAUGAGAUAGACACUCGCCUCUAUAUAACGAGAGGUAACAUAACGGCUGUAUUUCAUUAGAUAU